UAUUGGCAUCCCUGUAUUUGUGUCAGAUAAUGCUCCACUUGCGAAGAAAAUUGUUGCAAUUAAAAAUGUUUAGGUAUUCUCAUGUUUAUUUCUUUUGUUUGUAUUGGUCUGACACAAAAAGUGGAGAAAAGAAGCCAAAUCUGACACAUUCCACGCAAAACUCCAAAAAUGGACUGAACAAAAGUAUUGACACCUUCUCAAAAUUGUGCUGACAAUUUAGAAAUCCCACCGGCAACCAGUUAAAAUGGUAAGAAAAUGGACUCAACCUCUCUGUUGUCGGUCUCUGUGUGCCACACUGAGCAUGGAGAAGAGAAAGAGCAGCAAAGAACAACUUUGAAUGAGAGGAAUUCUGUCCCCACCGCCUUUACUUCCUCAGGAACAAAAUCAAGGAGAAGCCAGAGCCUGGAGAGAGCCAGGAGAGAGGGAAUUCACAUUGUGUGAAGUUGCAAGUAAAAUCCCACUAAAAAUGUUAAGAUGGUGGAACAAGUCCAGAGUGCUCACUGGCUCAUCUCUUUAAUCAGAUGUUCUGCUCUUCAGCAUUGGACUUAAUGUUGGAUAAGACACCAGUAAUGGUCAGUAGAAUGAGGACAUUCAACCAUUUACUCUUCCUCUGGAGCUGGCUUCAAGGGGUGAGAACACAGCAUGAGUUGGAUCCCCAUGGGAUAAAUGUCUGUAAAUCAGACAGUAUCACCCAGGAGCUUGUAUGCUGCCCAGGCUGGAAACAGGAAGGGCGCGCAUGUACGACUGCCAUUUGCGAGGGAAUUGAUGCGUGCAAAAAAGAUGAGGUCUGUAUCAGGCCAGGAGUCUGUCGUUGUAAACCUGGAUUCUUUGGAGCCAGUUGCACCUCGCCUUGUCCAAACCAAUACUGGGGUUCAGACUGCAAGCAAAGUUGCUCCUGCUACCCUUACGGAAAAUGUGAUGCUGUUACUGGACAAUGCACGUGCAAUGCUAACCGCUGGGGUCCUAAAUGCCAGCAUUCCUGCCACUGCUCUCGACAUGGGAUGUGUAAUCCUCUCACUGGAUCCUGUCAAUGUGAACCUGGCUGGUGGUCAUUCAAUUGCAAUAAGACAUGUCACUGCAACCUGCCAACAUCCCGCUGUAACCCUGCAACUGGGCAGUGCAUCUGUGACAAUGGUUGGUGGGGUCAGAAGUGUAGUGUGAGAUGCAAUUGCAACAAGUCCCCUUGUUUACAAAUCAGUGGAAAAUGCAAAUGCCAGGAAGGCUGGUGGGGUGUAUCGUGUGAACACAGGUGCAGUUGUGUGCAUGGCAAAUGUAACCCUGUGAGCGGGGAAUGUGACUGCGACGUAGGAUACCAAGGGAAAACCUGUGCAGACCUUUGCACUGCUGGAACCUAUGGACCAAAAUGUAAAAUCAGGUGUGGGCAAUGUAAAGAUGGGCAGCCUUGCUCUCCAGUAGAUGGAUUCUGUCAUUCUUGUGAAAGUGGCUGGAAUGGAACCCUGUGUGACCAGCCUUGUCUACCUGGGUACUAUGGGGAGAAUUGUGUCUAUAGAUGUCCAAAGUGCCGUGGGGAGGAAACGUGCAAUAGGGAGACUGGGAACUGUACAAACUGUGAUACUGGGAAAAUAGGACCAAGGUGUGAGUCUACCUGCCCAGCGGGAAACUACGGAGACAAAUGCCAGAUGAAAUGUACAGCCUGUGUCCAUGGAAACUGUAACCCAUUUGCAGGAGAAUGUAUCUGUGAACCUGGUUAUUGGCAAAACAGUUGUAAUGAAACAUGUCCUGAAGGAUUGUAUGGACCAAACUGUUCAGAGAUAUGUGAAUGCGGCAGGGGCUACUGUAGUCCCCAUUAUGGGACAUGUGAAUUGACAUCUGGUCAGAAAGGAGCCAUAGUUGCUGGAGUCCUUGUGCCAUUGCUUCUUCUAUGUUUUCUAUGCUGCUGCUGUUGCUGUGGAGACAAUCAGUCGGAAUCUAAAGACAGAGUAUCCAGUGAAGGAAAUUCUUUAUCCCGAAUGAAGCACAAUUUUCAGGGCGCUUUGGCUAACAUAAGCUCUGUAUUACCAUGUUGUUUAGUUGGGAACUCAAAGGUUUCCUGGGUUACUGUAUCUCAUCAUGAUGCUGAGCUUCCCUUUAAUCACAGUUUCAUUGAGUCACCCUCUACUGGUUGGUUGUCAGAAAAUUCUUUCUCUUCUUUUGAAUCUGAUGAAGAUGGACCAGUCUAUUGUGUUCCUCCAACAGAAGGAAUAUCUAUAGCUGAUAUGGAUGGGUUUCAGGAGAUAAGCUCUAAAUGCAAUGUAUUCCCAGAAUCUUUAGCAUUCAACUCAGAAGAUGUAUCCCAACCAUUUUCUAUCCCAAGGACUUCUAGUAUUGCCAAAGCUAAGAGACCAUCAGUAUCAUUUGCAGAAGGAACUAAAUUUGAAAGCAGAAGGUCUUCUACUGAUACACCCAAUCUUCUUCGCAAACCAAAACUUGCUUUGAGUCUUCCAAAACUGCCCUCUGUACAGAAACAGUCCAUAAAUGGAGAAGAAUUACAGGAUUGUGUGCAAACCAAUGAACACUAUGAAAAUGUAAAUAUUUGCAAAGAGCCAGAUGAUCAUCCCAAACUUCAAAGAAUUGGACCAGUUGGGCGUAGAAGGACUAUGUCUAAUGCUCAGAACAUGACAUUGAAAGCUGAAAUAGUGGAAUCUGGUUUAAGAGAAAAUAUUAAUGAAAUGAGAAAGAAGAAUCCCAAGAUAUCAACUGUUUAUGUGAGUGUGGGACAUCCUAGGAAGCUUUACAAACCUCGUAGAAAGUCAGAAGGAAAUGUAGACGGAGCAGUACAGGCAGUUUUGAAACGUUUGGGUAGUUUUCAAAAAGGGAUUCCAAAACCAGUCCGAAGAAAUGUGUCUCAAACUCCUAACUUCAGAAGCUCACAGUCUAAAAUAUCAUGUGAAGAAGAUUUAAAAAUUAACAGCAAAAGCUCUGACCCAUCUUUUAUAACUUCAAGUACUAAAUUGUCCGACAACUUAUCAAAGAAUCCACUCAACCCAGCAUCUUCAAUGCUUAAAAAAUUAGUACCUAAUGCAGAAGAGACAGAAUCUGUGGGAAGCUGUGAUAAGAUGGAGAAUACAUAUUCCUACUUACCUGAUCAUGGAGUAUUAUUGGAACAAACCCAAAAUGUAGAACAUAUAUACCACAGUGCAGAGGGUACAGAAAACAUUGAACCAAAAUAUGAAAAUAUAUCAAUCACACAUUGUCUGAGUAAAGAAAUUGAUACAUCUGGUAUAUAUGAAGAUGCAGAAAUGAUCAGUGAAUGACAGGAUCCUUUAAGUGUUUGCUGUGGGUUUCACGAUUAAAUGAUACUGUAUGUCGAGAUAUCGCUGUGUUUUAGCAAGCUGUGUCAUUACAAGACAUUUAGAGCCUUCAUUUACCAUAUAUAUUGUAUAUAAGUUGACUUUUUUGUAUAGAAGGAAAUAAUAAAAUGCAUCCUACA